GCAUUGAUUCAGUGCACAAACAUAGACCCUAAUUAGCUAGCAGGAAGGAAUGGCUGAGAAUUCCAUAAUAAUCGGAAUAGAUUGGAGCAAGUCCCCCCUCCGAGUGGCCGGAUUAGUCGACAAAAUCACCGGCAGAUACAUCGUCAUUAAAGGAUCCAAAGUUGUAAAAGUGAACAUCGAUGAAAUCCCGAAUAGGGGAGAACUGGUGGACGGCUUUACCGACGCCCUAGAAAUAGUCCAGUCCUCUCUGGGCGGCACAGAUAUUCAUUCCAGCGUUGUCGUCCUCCCCAACGCCACCGGUUCCAGGAACCGCGACGCCAUUGCCUUUCUCGGCGAGAGCAACAGAAACGUGGUCGUCAACGUGGUGGAGGUGGUGAGCGAAUAGUCCCCCGCCGUGGCCGCCGCUUACGGCGGCAAGGUGAAGCCCAACAAGACAAAGACUUUGGCCAUCAUUUCCACCACCGGCGACAUCAUCGACGUGUGCGUGGUGUCCGUCCAGCCCAAGGACGUCCUGAACGAGAUCUACGAGUACACUCUUGAGGGUCAAAAAAGCCAUCUUGAAAAAAUCGAUUUUGAGAAAAUGGCGAUGGAUUGGGAGAAGGAGAAGGAAGAUCUGAAGAAAUCAGCCGCUAUGCCGGUGGUCGGCAAAUUCGUGCAGGCUAUAGCAACGCAGUUGGCCGGGGCAACUGACGUUCUUAAGAACCUUCUGGAAAGUUCGGAGCUGAGCCAUGCGGGGGAGGUGGAUGCGGUGGUGUUCGUGGGGAAUGUUUCGGCGCCCAAGGUCCUGCGGCAGGUGGUGGAGGAGCGUUAUCCGGAUGCGAAAUUAUGGGAUGAGAUUGAUGCGGAUGAGGUUGCGGCUUAUGGAGGCGCGGUGCUGGCCGCUAAUAACGCCAAGAAGAAGACGAGUGCCGCGGCUGAGUAAUUUCAUGUGCUUGUAUUAAAUAAAUAAAUCAUUUCAUGUGGUGUUAGUAGUAAAUAAAAUUUCUGCACCAUAUCUAUGGAUGAAUCGGGCUGAAAUGAGUUAUAGUUGAAGCACUAAUAUUAAACUACAUCUUAUAUCUUAA